GGCGGCGGCAGCGGCGGCGGAAGCGGCGAGGGAAGCAGGCGUCCGGCUCUGAGGUGGUGAAGGCGGCGGCGGCUCCGGACCGGGCUGGAAGAGAGCAAAGGUCAGAAGCGUCAGGUCGAACGCAGAUUUCCCGGCUCUAGCAUCCGCCCGUCGCCCGGACGCCUGGGCCGCAGAGUUUGUGUCCCGGCUCGGACCCCGGCACCCAGCCCGGAGCCGUAACCUUGAGGCGGCGGCGGCGGGGCCGGGCCGGGCCGGGCCGGGGGGCGGCGGCGGCGCUGGAUCCUCGGCUAUCUGAUCGUUGGCGGGAGAUGUCGAACCCCGGGACACGCAGGAACGGCUCCAGCAUCAAGAUCCGUCUGACAGUAUUGUGUGCCAAGAACCUUGCAAAGAAAGACUUCUUCAGACUCCCUGACCCUUUUGCAAAGAUUGUUGUGGAUGGAUCAGGGCAGUGCCACUCAACGGACACUGUGAAAAACACAUUGGACCCAAAGUGGAACCAGCACUAUGAUCUAUAUGUUGGGAAAACUGAUUCUAUAACUAUCAGCGUGUGGAACCACAAGAAAAUUCACAAGAAGCAGGGAGCUGGCUUCCUGGGCUGUGUUCGGCUGCUCUCCAAUACCAUCAGCAGAUUAAAAGAUACUGGAUACCAGCGUUUGGAUCUAUGCAAACUAAAUCCCUCAGAUACUGAUGCAGUUCGUGGCCAAAUAGUGGUCAGUUUACAGACACGAGACAGAAUAGGCACUGGAGGGUCUGUGGUAGACUGCAGAGGACUGUUAGAAAAUGAAGGAACUGUAUAUGAAGACUCAGGGCCUGGAAGGCCACUCAGCUGCUUCAUGGAGGAACCUGCCCCUUACACAGAUAGUACCGGUGCGGCUGCUGGUGGAGGGAACUGCAGGUUUGGGGAAUCCCCAGGUCAAGAUCAAAGACUUCAGACACAACGACUUCGAAACCCCGAGAUCCGAGGGUCCCUCCAGACACCUCAGAACCGACCACAUGGCCACCAGUCACCAGAACUGCCCGAAGGCUACGAACAAAGAACAACAGUGCAGGGGCAAGUUUACUUUUUGCACACACAGACUGGCGUUAGCACAUGGCACGACCCCCGAAUCCCAAGAGACCUUAACAGUGUGAAUUGUGAUGAACUUGGACCACUGCCACCAGGUUGGGAAGUCAGAAGCACAGUUUCUGGAAGAAUAUACUUUGUAGAUCAUAAUAACCGAACAACCCAGUUUACAGACCCAAGGUUACACCACAUCAUGAAUCACCAGUGCCAACUAAAGGAGCCCAGCCAGCCGCUGCCAUUGCCCAGCGAGGGCUCCGUGGAAGAUGAGGAACUUCCCGCCCAGAGAUACGAAAGAGAUUUAGUUCAGAAACUGAAGGUCCUCAGACAUGAGCUCUCACUUCAGCAACCCCAAGCUGGUCAUUGCCGCAUUGAAGUUUCGAGAGAAGAAAUAUUUGAGGAGUCUUAUCGCCAGAUAAUGAAGAUGCGACCAAAAGACUUGAAAAAGCGACUAAUGGUAAAAUUUCGUGGAGAAGAAGGUUUGGAUUAUGGUGGAGUAGCAAGGGAGUGGCUUUAUUUAUUGUGUCAUGAAAUGCUGAAUCCAUAUUAUGGACUCUUUCAAUAUUCUACGGACAAUAUUUACAUGUUGCAAAUCAACCCAGAUUCGUCCAUCAACCCUGACCAUUUGUCUUAUUUCCAUUUUGUGGGUCGGAUCAUGGGUCUGGCUGUGUUCCAUGGACACUACAUAAAUGGGGGUUUCACAGUUCCCUUCUAUAAGCAGCUAUUGGGGAAACCCAUCCAGCUCUCUGAUUUGGAAUCGGUGGACCCAGAACUACAUAAGAGCUUAGUGUGGAUUCUAGAGAAUGAUAUCACCCCUGUGCUGGACCAUACUUUCUGUGUGGAGCACAAUGCUUUUGGGAGGAUUCUUCAGCAUGAACUGAAACCGAAUGGCAGAAAUGUUCCUGUUACAGAGGAUAACAAGAAAGAAUAUGUUCGGUUAUAUGUAAAUUGGAGAUUUAUGAGAGGAAUCGAAGCCCAGUUCUUAGCUCUUCAGAAAGGGUUUAACGAACUCAUUCCUCAACACUUAUUGAAGCCUUUUGACCAGAAGGAACUAGAGUUAAUAAUAGGCGGCCUGGACAAAAUCGACCUGAACGACUGGAAGUCCAACACUCGGCUGAAGCACUGUGUGGCUGACAGCAAUGUCGUCCGGUGGUUCUGGCAGGCGGUGGAGACCUUCGACGAGGAGAGGAGAGCCAGGCUCCUGCAGUUUGUGACGGGAUCCACUCGCGUCCCGCUCCAAGGCUUCAAGGCUUUGCAAGGUUCCACAGGCGCCGCAGGGCCCCGGCUGUUCACCAUCCACCUGAUCGACGCAAACACAGACAACCUUCCGAAGGCCCACACCUGCUUUAACCGGAUUGACAUUCCACCGUAUGAGUCUUAUGAAAAGCUCUAUGAGAAGCUGCUGAUAGCGGUGGAGGAGACCUGUGGGUUUGCUGUGGAGUGAAGAGCAACCAAAGGCAACAGAUUCUAGCUCACGACCACCAAACCAAAAGCCUAUCGCUUUCUGCACGAGUCCUGCGAAGCAGGCUGAGGCCCUGGGAUUCUAGAUACCCUGAGGGAAAGGGUGUCUCCCCUCCUUUGUGCUGGGGGAGUAAGGAGGGCGGGGGACUUUGGUUGGUGGCUCUUUUCCUCCUUUUUGACAGUACUCCCACCCCUUCCAUCACCCAUCCAAUAAAAUGCAGCCAGGUUUAGAUUGGCUUCGGUCACACAGGAUAUUCUGCUCCAGUUGUAACACAUGGUGCCAGGCUCACUGCCCUGUGGAUCACCCUGCAGUCAUGGGCUGAGCUUGCUCACUGUGGGUUUGUGACUGGUGGCUACACUACCUAUUCUGUCGAAAACAGUCUGUAGGCGCCUUUUCCAGGUCAGCAGCUCAAAUUCCAAAUUUCACAUCCUCGCAGCCUGCUCUGGGUCACGAUUGAUUUCUCCCUUAACAGUUACUGUAUGAUGCGUGCUUGCUGGAAUUCUGCCACAGCAGGAAGCUUAGGGACAAAGCGCGCAGCCCUUUGGAAAGGAGAAGGGACGAGGGCAGCUGGAGGCCCAGGGCGUUUCUUUUCAGGGCGUCUUGGUUGAAAUUUUGUUUUGCAUAGAGAAAUGUGGUCUUUCCGUUGAAGAGUUCCUUUUGCCACAGUAUCUGUCCAGUUUGAAAUAUUUUUCCAGUGAAAAUACCCCUUAAUGGAGCCCCCAGCUCUGGCUCCUGCACCACCUGUUUGCAGAACAGUGUCAGCUGAGUCACUCAAAUACUAACAAACUAUUAUGUGGAAAUUGCUAACAGCUAAACUAAUAAAACAGAAUUCUGUUAUUAUAGCUGCUGGUUUAGUGCAAACUAGCUUAAAAGGAAGAGGGGGGAAUGGAAAACCUCAGUGACUGAACUCCACCCCAAGUUACUAUUUUACAAAAGCAGGGUGUGGCUGUAAACCUGACAGCGGAGGGACAAUUCCACCCUGACCCAUUGGCCCAUUUCCCCGUCAGAUGGUGACAUUGACAAGUGCUGCUUGAUUUACUUGCCCUGCUGUCUUCAUAGGAUGAGGCAGGUCAAAGCAAGCCGAGGCUUUCAGAUGCUCACACCAUUUUCCAAUUUGCACAAAAGUUUGAACAGUAUUUUAACAAGUGGCUUGAUUCCAGGUAGCUGAACUUCAGUGAAAAAUGGCGGCAGCAACAGAUUUUCUAGUCUCGUUUUUUGUUGUUUUUGUUUAGAGGCAAGUGCAGGGUCAUUCUUUAGCGAGACAUUUCACUGUUAAAAUUGGCUGUUGAAGCUUCUGAGUUAGUCACUGGGAUCCAGCUGUGGGUCUGAGAUGGGUUUGGAAGGAGCUUGUGGCCAGCUGUUUUGCUGCUGUUUGUCACUGAUGCCUGUAGACUAGGGUGGAGGCCUGCACACUUCUGCUUCCUGCUGCGUCUCCUUUCCAUGCCCAGAGGCAGUCAGAGGCAGGGGCACUCAGACCUCUUAGGAGAGGGACCCUCCCCCUUAACAGAAGUUUGUCCAGUUUGUGGGCACAACCACCAGCUGUGGAUUCCCGGAACCUCGAGAGAGCCUCGCCACUUGGCUACGUACUGGGGCUCAGACAGAAGGGAUGUCACGUGUGAUUUGCUGCAGAAGGGUAACAGUCCAGUCACAAAGUCCCGGCCAAACUGUGGGCUUCGUGUUCAAGAGUUCUGUUUUGUCCCAGUGCGGUUUAUCCUGUGUCUCAUCAUGCUUUCUGAGGGCAUUCUAGAAGCUCCCCAAUGAUUCCAUCCAGUCAUCUCUCAUAAUAUUCUGGAAGAAAGAGGAAAUGAAAAAUACUGAUCUCCCACCAGGUAGACCUCCUCUCCACGUGCACCUGCACCUCAGGAGGAGGAGAGGACAUCAGAACUGAAGUAGGGUGACACAAGACACACGCACGCGCAGUCUGUCAUGUGGUGGCCAAAAUCUGCACUGCUUAGGGAGGAAAGGAGGGCCUAGUGGUUGAAAAGACUUGGAAGCAGGGAUGUUGUAUUUGACGCCUUUAUAAACCACUUUUCUGCUGUGAGGAGCCUGGAGUGACCCUUCGAGUCUGCACCUGCCAGCCCUGUGCUGCUCUCGUGUCAGGUGUCACCUCAGCGAGAUCCAGAGCCAUGUCCUGGCUCCUCCGGGAGCUGCUUGGGACACAUGAGUUACCCUUUCAUAAGGUCUGGGUCUCUGCUUUUUCAUUUAACACUGGGUCGUGACACCCUCAUCAGCUGCGAGUGUCACCAAGCAGCCUGAAAGAGCAGAACUCAGAGCGCGUUUGUUCUUGCCAAGCAGGCCAAUCUGUCAGUGGCGUUGCACUUCUAGAACCUUAAACAUGACAGUUGUUCGGGCCUUGUGAACCACCCCAAAGAUUAAUGUAGCAAGCAAUUGGUCAAAGCUCCCAGUGACUACACUCUGGGUCUGCAAGAACCCCAGCCACACACGCACACUCUUUUGUUCCCCUUCUCAGUGAUCCCAGAUGACAACCCUGUCCUCAAGCCUCUGCCCAGAUGCUUCAGGGCCCCGACCUUCAGGCUUGCCCUCACCAGCGGUCAGCAGCCGACCCUCAGGGAUGUAGCAAACCACCGCUCUGCCAGCGCUUUAGGGAGGAAAGGCAAAGGGGCUGCAUGUGGGGACCGUUACUCGGGCUCUCUUGACUUCUGAAGGGAGAAUCCGCCCGGCUGGUGGAGUUGUGCCCUUGGGCCUGCUCAGCCAAACGGUCUGUGUUCAAGCCAGGGGGUCCUCAAACCAGAGUUGUGGGAGGAGCCGCGUGCAGAGAACACGCCCGCCCCACCCCAUCUGCAGUCAGGCGAGUGCUGCACGGCAGCCUUCCCGGAACAUAGUAUGAAUUUUUAAAAUUUGUUUAUUUUUGUUUCUCAACCACUUUAUAAUGUAUUUUUUAAUUUAUUUUGUAAUGUCUUGUUUUUAAGUAUUGCUGCUAUCCUUGUUAUUCUUCCCACUGUUUUUAUUGCUGAUUUAUUUUGUGAAAGUUGUACACUAAUGUUGUUUUAUGUCAGAAUCAAAAGUAUUUAAAGAAAUACUAGUUCUAUUUAAUGUGGUUAUGGAACCAGCUGGAAACACAAAACAAACAGCGACUGUACAGAGGCUGGACCCGGGAGGUCAGGUUCAUUUUGUUACAUAUGCAAUAA